AUGCAAGUGACAAGUAUCGACGAGGCUAACUGGAUCAUUGAACAGAGCGGGAAACCCGCAUGGCAAAAUUCGGGUCGCAAAGUCAACAUUGAAACCGGCGAUGUCGGUGUAAUUGUGACUUGCGAUAUGGGCAGAGAGGGAAAGUGUAUUGCAGAGACUUUGGAUCUUUUCUCACAGGCCCUGGAGAAGUCCGGGCAGCUCAAAGAUACAACGGGAGAUGACGAUGAAGAGGAGGAUGAUGAAGACAUUGAAGCUCAGAUCAAAAGAGAGCUGGCUGGCUUGAAGCCCAACAAGGACAAGAAAAAGCCUUUUGAAGCAGUGCGUCUGGAGAUGCCCUGCGUCAUCUUUGUGCGACUGGACAAGUCCAUCGACCCAGUAAAGCUUGUCCACCGGCUUUGUACCGAAGCACAAGCGAGUCCAGAUCUGAAAAAGAGCCGAUAUGUGAAGCGAAUGACCCCGGUGACUGAGGUCCGAAAGACCUUGAGUGUGGAUGUCGAAGCCUUUGCCCGGCAGAUUCUCAAGCCAGUCUUCCACUCUGGAGGACCACCCAAGACGUAUGCUAUCCGACCCUCUGUGCGGGGCAAUAACAAAUUCCACCGGGACAGUAUCAUCAAGACUGUCGCCGAUGUGGUUGGAAAAGAACAUCCGGUGAACUUGACAAAUUACGACCACAUGAUCUUAGUUGACGUCUGCCAGAAUAUCAUUGGUAUGAGCGUUGUGGACGGCGACUAUGAUCGGUUGAAGCGGUUCAAUUUGGCCGAGAUUUACGAUCCAGGUCCGAAAGCAGGAUCUGCGGGCGAGGUCAAGACUGAUGCCAAAGCACCGGCCGCAUAG